AGCCAGAGCUUUCUCAGCAGGGUUAACCUUCACCUCUCCGCAGUGCCGAAGCUCUCUCCCCUCCCUUCCUUCUGUUUUGCUUCCCUUUCAUUGGCUGCCUGGAGUCUAAGGCAAGACAGCGCUCUAAUUAGGACCCGGGCGGACACGGAUCCCGUUUCCUGGGCAAGCAGAUAGGAGAGAAGGCAAAGUCCAAGCGACGACUGUAGCCGCCAGCGUCCCCGCCUAACCGAGCUGAUUUGGUUUCGCUUCGCAGACUUUUCUUCUCGGCCGGAGCCAGGAGCUUUGCACUCGAGGCAGGUGGAGAGGGCACUGAGGAGGAAGAAGCUGCUUAAGCACCCGGGGAGACAGCCCUGGGCAGAGGCGGAAGGAGCGCGCCUCAUUGGCUGAAAGUGUCUCGUUUAGGCGAGGGAAAGUUGGCCGCAGAAUUCCUGACUGUUCCGCCGCGGGCAGAGCCGGAAUCGGGGGAAAAGCAGGAGCACCAGCUGCAGAGGGGACUCUGCCACUCCUUAAUCCUGGUACCAAGAAGGCUUUCAGGAGAGAAACCAUACAUCUAACGUGGUUGUGAGAAGAUAGGAUUCUCACUUCCUUUUUCGGAUGUCCCAGCCAAGUCAUAUUUGGGCCCAGAGGGAGAAGUCUCCAUGUAGUAGAACUGUAACUACUCUACCACCUGCUUCAUCUUCAGACAGUGAUUCUGGCUGUGCCCUGGAAGAUUAUCCAGGUCCAACCACUGAAUUUCCUCCAUCAGAGCCAGUAUUACAAAGCAUUAGCUCUUGUUCAUCAGCUGUUGUCCCUGCUGCUAUUCACAAUCAGCUCCGUAUCAAAAUUCUCCUCUACCAGCUGCCUCCACAAGACUGCAAUGAGAAAUAUUGUCCAUUCAUCGGUGAACAGGAAAGAAAGCAACUCCGUAUCUUUGCUGCAUGGAGGCGACAGGAAUCGCUGGGGCAGGGAGUUUUACGUCAUCUGCCUCUCACAGCUCACGAGUAUUUAUGCAGAAAUUGUGAUAAGAAUAUAAUCAGAGGAGACCAGGGUGUGUAUGCCUCUAAGUUAGGCGAACAGUGCUGGUGGCAUCCUACAUGUUUUGUCUGCCACAUUUGCCAGCAACCACUCAUAGAUCUAAUUUACUUCCAUCGAAAUGAGAAGAUUUUUUGUGGUCGGCACCAUGCAGAAUUUUUCCACCCUCGCUGUGCUUCAUGUGAUCAGCUGAUCUUCACCUCCGAGUGCGUGGAGGCAGAAGGCAUGCGCUGGCAUGAAGAACACUUUUGCUGUCUCGAGUGUGACUUGCCCCUGCGGAUUCAGCAAUAUGUGAUGAAGGGUGGACAACCCUGCUGCUGUGCUUGCUUUGAGAGUCUUUAUGCAGAUAUCUGUCAAGCCUGCGGAGAGAUUGUUGGCCUCAACAGUAAACAGAUCGUACUACAAGGUCAACACUGGCACAGCAAAGACUCGUGUUUCUGUUGCAGCCUUUGCCAUAAAGCACUGCUGGGUCAGCCGAUCACCAUUCACCAUGGUCUUCUCUUCUGCUCUGAGGCCUGUAGUUUGGAAAAGGAAUCAGCUUUGUCUUCCAGUGGCUCGGAUUCCUCUGACUCUGCUUUCAUCUCUGCUCCAUCCCCUGACUCCACCCCAAUUUCAAGAGCUAGAAACAGCAGCCCUGACUGCUCCUCUGAAACCGCCAGAACUCAAAGAGAUGGCUGUGGGGAAAGGGGAGGUGCACUUGUGACUAAAAGGCUUCACUCAUGUGGGAAUCCCUCAGCGUAUGCUGAGUUUGACAGCCAAGAGGAAUCAGUUUCUUUCAGAAACAGAACUAUCACCCCACAACUUCAUGUAUUUGAGUCCUUGACUGUUUCACCUCAAGAGGAUGUACGAAUCUCCAUCUCUCAUCCCAUGGACACAGCUUGGAGCACCACAGUUGUGAGGGAUAAUCACAAUUUAAAAACAUAUUUUCAAGAAACAUCUCGGCAACAAGCAGACUUCCACUUCAAAAGCAGACCCUCUGUAACCUCACAGGCAUCUGUAUUAAUUAUGGAUUUUCCAGACAGAAUGCAUGAAGGCAGCAAUGGGGAACAGGAAGCUACUAUGGAACAAGAUGAUGCCAAGUAUCUCACUUGUUCAUCCUCAUCCUCUUCUGACUCUGAGCCAGAAGGCUUCUUCUUUGGGAAGCCAAUUCCAAAGCCUGGUUCCAGAUGCAUAGCUUUCACCAACAUGGAGCAGGAAACAUUUGGGAAAGGAAUGGGGUGGGCUGCCAGAGCAAGAGCCAACAGCAAACACUGUAGUAUAUCCUAGCAGACAGACAACAGCCAUCUGAACAGAUAAAGCAAAGGGGAAAGAGAUAGUAAUGAAAGCAGAUCAUCUUCUGCAAUGAAUAGAUUAAAAUUAGUAUCAGAAACCUGCUCAAAGAUGCUUGUAUGCAUGCAUAUAUAUUCCCAUUCUCUUCCUGCUGCAAGGCUGAUAAGUCCAAAAAGCAGAUAAAAAAGUCAGCAUUUGUUUUAUAAUUUUGGGUGCCAUGGAGAAUUAUUUCUAACAAAUCAGUACAUUUUUAUUAAAACCAAAUAAAGGUAACUGUCACCUUGGCUAUAAGAAAAAUCUCUAAACCCCUUUUAUUUGGCUCACUCAAGAGUUUAAAAUUAAUUCUUAAAUUUUCUUCGUAAGAUAGAUGCUGAAGAAAGAAAAAAAAGGCUACCAGACUGUAUUACUGUAUUUAGUUUUGAUGAUAUUGGUGAAAAGCUACAGUAUUCAACCUUGGCUCUGCCAAGCACGGAAUAUUUCAGGUCGACAGGAUGAUUACUCCAAGUUUGCUCUGAAGAAACUAACCACUUAAUGCUCUUUCACCUGUCAAGGAAACAGGUUUAAUCUUAUACUUGUUUUCUGUACUUGAGAUGUUUUUCCAAAACAUUAUGCUACAGGUCUUAUUUUCAUGUUGACUCAGAUUUCCUAUCUCGGCAUCAGAUACAGUCUCAUUUGAAUGUCUGCAGCUGACUCCCACACUCUAUCAAGACUGUAAUUAAACACACACUUGUGGUUGGAACAUUAAGUCACUGUUACAAACUGGGCCUCCUAUAGCAGCAGUUCUGACUGGAUGUUGUAAACUAUAUGUUAUUACACAGAUAUGUAUGUUCUGGAAGUUAAAACAAUAAAAUAAAAUACAAUUUAUCAAAUGAGAUUUGAGGCUAAUGUCAGAUCAGUGGGUCAGAUACACAGGAAUUCAAGCAACGGUCUAUAGAGAUUUUAAUGUUUUCAAAUCAAUGACAGGUUAAGAGUGAGUUCAAAGAAAAGUGGGCGAGGUAAGUGGUUUGGAGAUGUGAUUCACUUUUGGUGGAGCAUACAGAGAGUUCAACUAUAGACAAAAAGGGUAGAAAAAUAACAUCAGAUGUGGCACUGAGACCUUGUCAGGCCAUAAGAAUGUAUUGUUACAGCAGUGAAGGCACAAGGUUUACAUUCAUGCAGAUCACAUACACAUUUGUGCUGCUAAAAGGAAGGUCCAUUUGCAUAGUAACACUUUGCUUGGGAAAGAUUAAUAGGAGAAGUUGAUGUUACUUGAAAAAGAGGAGGCAGAAAUUAGGAAAAUACAGUAAUCCUAACGUACUGGAAGUUGGUGCAGCUUCUUGGAAUUAAAAAAAAGAAAAAAAAAUUCCUCUGACUCAACUGUUGACAGCCAUGUUUAUACUUCUCUUGUGGAAUUAAGUCAAUUAAAUCAAAACUAAAUUCUCAUUUCAGGAUUUGAGAAGUGGUCAGGAGUCAAAAAGAAGGAAUGCUUCCUUCAGCUAGGCUGAAGGAAGAGGACAAAAGGAUGGUGAUUUUGUAGCAUAAUGAUCAAUGUUUUCAUUGAUGAUUUUAAGAAAAUGCUUUCUUGAAGUGGAAAAUGCUUUCUUGAAGUGAAGGCUUGAUAAAUUUGGAUACAAAGUAGAGAUAGAUUUAAUCUAUUUCACAGCUAUUUAUAAAGUUCCUCCUCUUGGACAGAAUCUGCAAUAUAAAUGUUAAUGGAACGCAUUAACAGAAUUAUUAUAGUAAUGUUUCUGGAAGCUCAUAUAUCAAAUCUUGAAGCAUCUUCAUUGGGUUUUAAUAGAAAAUGAAAACUUUCCCCAGUGCUUUUGCCAAAUUAGAAAUUCCCCUUUCAAUACAUAGAAGCUCCUAGACAAAUCCUUUGUUGAUAACACAUAAACACCAUGAAAUAGUAAUGUUCCACAGACCAAAGCUCUCCUCACCUCCCCUGUAGUCAUUUCUAUAGCCAAUUAUUUCAACAGUGAGUUAGAUGACAAACUGAAGUGCAGUCCAAAAAGGAUCAGAAACUGAUCCUCCUUGAACUAAAUUAUGGUCAAUAUAUGAUCAGUUUUUAAUACUGCUUCAAACUAGCUGUAAGACAAGAGAUUUUAAGGCAAGACGGAGAACAAUUGCUUCCUAUUACAGGAAAAGUUAAUAAAAACAUGAGGUAAAAGCCAUAGAAGAGGCAAGUGGAAUGGGAGUUUAGAAAUUGUGUCUGAUUUGAUUAAUGGCCUUUCCUCAACUGUAAACAAAUGGUAUCUACCAGGAAACAUGGUUAUUUUCUUAACUAUCAGAAGGACUACCCAGACAUACCUACCUAAUACAAAUAGCCUACAGAAUUAUCUUCCUAAAAUUCAACAACCAGGCAUGCAGAUCAGGAUCAGGAACUGAAAGGAUACUCAGACUGCCUUAAGUCAGAACUGCUUUGAAAUGUCAGCUAGAUCCCUUGUAUGCAUUGGUCAGAGCCACACACUGAGUUAAAUUAGGGGGUGCCACUUAGGCAGGGGGAACAAAGUAGUAAAUUAUCCCUUUCCCAUUUUUGCUUUGCACACAUUUGCUGAUGAAGAAUUCUGGAAAAUUCAAAUGUCUACACUUGUUACUUGGAAUUUGUCAUUUGCAUAUGUUUCAGUUUGUUUUGGAAAUCAGCUAUUUACUACAUAGUUUAAUAAGUAUACUUUUAACAAUUUAAUUGAUGUUUCAGAUCAAAUCAACUUUAUUGUGAUUGUUAACCAGUAGAAAUUAAUGUUUGUAUUUUAGUCUCUGUGUAUAACAUUGUGUGUUUAUCUGUGAUUAAUAAGCAAUUUGUAAUAUCAGAACUUAAAGACUGAAAUCUAGCUGUCAAGAAAAAUCUUGGGACAGAUAGGAAUAAAACUCCAUCAUGUAAUAAUGCUUUA